GACAACGGCUGUUGUCAAACACGGAAUAGUGAAGACUGCUAGCUAACUUCGGAAGCUACUAAGACGUCGCUUUGAAUUGAAUUGAAUUUAACGACAUCUGGAUACAAAGGUUCAUGCGACUAUGGCAAAAGUGAUGAGCGGGAGGGGAGAAGUUGUGUGCGUUACAAAUGUGGCCUCCUCAACACCAUACAAGAUGUUCUACGCCAAAGACCGAACUGGGUGGAGGUCAAAGAGUGAGUAGAGAUGCUAGACCAAGCUGUUCGGUGCGGUGUGAGAUUUCCCAUAGGUGUCAAACACAAACAUUCGUGAACAAACCUACACUGUGGAUGAACCAGAGUGAUGGAGAGUGGGACUUCAACUGGUGUGAUGUGGGUUGGCUCAGGGAGAACUUUGGUCACACAUACAUGGAGGAACAUGUACGAAUAAACCACUUUCGCAAUCAUUAUGAGCUGACUCGCAAAAAUCUCAUGGUAAAAAAUCUGAAAAGAUACCAGAAAAACCUUGAGAGGGAUAUGGGCCGCGUAGAGGCUUCUAGAUGUGACUUUUUCCCCUGCACCUUCGCGCUACCCAGCGAAUAUCAUCUGUUUGUUGAGGAGUUCAAUAGAAGUCCUGGCAGCACCUGGAUCAUGAAGCCGGUGGCAAAAUCUCAAGGCAAAGGGAUUUUCCUGUUCAGGAAACUGAAAGACAUUAUGGAUUGGAAGAAGGAUGGCACACGCUCAGAGGAACAGAAGGAUUUUGCCCAAGUGGAAAACUAUGUGGCACAACGCUAUAUAGAGAAGCCCUACCUGAUAAACGGCAGGAAGUUUGAUCUGAGAGUCUAUGUGCUGGUCACAUCAUAUGUUCCCCUGAAGGCCUGGCUGUAUCGAGAUGGCUUCGCCCGCUUCUCAGGCACUCGCUUUUCCCUCAGCAGUAUUGAUGACAAGUAUAUGCACCUCACCAACGUGUCUGUUCAGAAAACAGCACCUGACUAUGAUCCCGAAAAGGGUUGUAAGUGGCAGAUGCAACAGCUUCGAAGAUACUUGACAGCAAAACAUGGCAGAGAGAUGGUGGAAACCCUGUUUAAAGAGAUGGAUAACAUCUUUGUCCGCAGUCUACAGAGCGUGCAGAAGGUCAUAAUAAAUGACAAACACUGCUUUGAGCUCUAUGGUUAUGACAUACUGCUGGAUCAGAACCUCAAACCGUGGCUAAUUGAGGUGAAUGCCUCCCCAUCACACACACCCAGCAGCCAGGAGGAUUACGAGAUGAAGUGCAGGCUGCUGGAAGACACUCUGAAUGUUGUAGAUAUGGAGGGAAGGCUGACUGGCAAGGAGAAAAGGGUUGGGGGCUAUGAUCUCAUGUGGAACGAUGGGCCUGUCUACAGAGAGGAUGUAAACCUGCAAACAUCUGGCAGUUUAUGUUUCACUGCCAACACACACUUAGGGUGUGUGAAUGACAGAGAGAAGCAGCUUCGCCGGCUUCUGAAACCGUUUCCAUACCAGAAGAAGGUGUAAUCUCAUGCAGAAUUUCUGUUGUUUCCAUAGUACUGUGGUCUGCAAAACUUGUCAUCAUAGUGGUAUCCAGGUGGUUCUCUGAAAGUAGACUGGCUCCAGUUAAUUCAAACACCUUGGAAAAAAAACAAAUAUAAAAUUAGUUCUCUGUGAUGAUCUGAUCAGCAUCCAACCUCUAUUAAAAUCUGAAUAUAUGAAUCA